AUGGGUCUAAACAACUUAAUAGCGCAAACUAACUUAGCUGUACUCGACGUGGACCUACUUAGCAAGAAAUCUUUUAAUUGCGACCAAUGCUCUAAGAGCUUUACAACUCCCAGUAACCUCAAAAGGCACAAACGGAUCCAUAAUGGCAAGAAAUCUUACAAGUGCCAGAUGUGCCCCAAGAGCUUCGCACGUUCCUGUCAUCUCAAAAUACACAAACGGAUCCACACUGGCGAGAAACCUUGCAAACUAGACUGCCGGAUGUGCGGCAAGAGCGUCGCGGAUCACUCUACUCUCAGAUUUCACAAACGGACCCAUACUGGCGAGAAACCUCACAAGUGCCAGAAGUGCUCCAAGAGCUUCGCGCAUCCCUCUACUCUCAGUAGGCACAAACUGACCCACAGUGGCAAGAAACCUUACAAGUGCCAGGUGUGCCCCAAGAGCUUCGCGGAUCCCUAUGAUCUCAGAAGGCACAAACAGUCCCAAAGAGGUUAUUAAGUCAAAUAGAGGUGUUUAAGAUGUUCCACACAUUACACGGCGGAAGGCUUUGUCCGAGUAAGUUCAUCGCACGAACUUGUAGAUUCAGGAGGCCACGCGAGUCUAUGCUGGCGGCGAUGAUGUGCUCCGUGAUGU